AUGUCGGACACCAAGGUAAAAGUUGCCGUCCGGGUCCGGCCCAUGAACCGACGAGAGCUGGAGCUGAACACCAAGUGCGUGGUGGAGAUGGAAGGGAACCAGACGGUCCUGCACCCUCCUCCCUCCAACACCAAGCAGGGAGAAAGGAAACCUCCCAAGGUAUUUGCCUUUGAUUAUUGCUUUUGGUCCAUGGAUGAAUCUAACACUACAAAAUAUGCUGGCCAAGAAGUGGUUUUCAAGUGCCUUGGGGAAGGGAUUCUUGAAAAAGCCUUUCAGGGGUAUAAUGCUUGUAUUUUUGCAUAUGGACAGACAGGUUCUGGAAAGUCCUUCUCCAUGAUGGGCCAUGCGGAGCAGCUGGGCCUUAUUCCCAGGCUGUGCUGUGCUUUAUUUAAAAGGAUCUCUUUGGAGCAGAAUGAAUCACAGACCUUUAAAGUUGAAGUAUCCUACAUGGAAAUUUAUAAUGAGAAGGUUCGGGAUCUUUUGGACCCCAAAGGGAGUAGACAGUCUCUUAAAGUUCGAGAGCAUAAAGUAUUGGGACCAUAUGUAGAUGGUUUAUCUCAGCUGGCUGUCACUAGUUUUGAGGAUAUUGAGUCGUUGAUGUCUGAGGGAAAUAAGUCUCGAACAGUAGCUGCAACCAACAUGAAUGAAGAAAGCAGCCGCUCCCAUGCUGUGUUCAACAUCAUCAUCACACAGACGCUGUAUGACCUGCAGUCUGGGAACUCAGGAGAGAAGGUCAGCAAGGUCAGCUUGGUAGACCUGGCGGGUAGCGAAAGAGUAUCUAAAACUGGAGCUGCGGGCGAACGACUAAAAGAAGGCAGUAACAUUAACAAAUCACUUACAACCUUGGGGCUGGUUAUAUCCUCAUUGGCUGACCAGGCAGCUGGCAAGGGUAAAAACAAAUUUGUGCCUUAUCGAGAUUCCGUCCUCACUUGGCUUCUUAAGGACAAUCUGGGGGGCAACAGCCAGACUUCUAUGAUAGCCACCAUUAGCCCUGCUGCAGACAACUAUGAGGAGACACUCUCUACAUUAAGAUACGCAGAUCGAGCCAAGAGGAUUGUGAACCAUGCUGUUGUGAAUGAGGACCCCAAUGCCAAAGUCAUCCGGGAACUGCGGGAGGAAGUAGAGAAACUAAAGGAGCAGCUUUCACAGGCCGAGGCCAUGAAAGCCCCUGAACUGAAGGAGAAGCUCGAAGAGUCCGAAAAACUAAUAAAAGAACUAACAGUGACAUGGGAAGAGAAGCUGAGGAAAACAGAAGAGAUUGCACAGGAGAGACAACGACAACUGGAGAGCAUGGGGAUUUCCCUGGAGACGUCUGGCAUCAAGGUGGGGGAUGACAAGUGUUACUUAGUCAACCUGAAUGCAGACCCUGCUCUCAACGAACUCCUGGUUUAUUAUUUGAAGGAUCAUACCAGGGUGGGUGCAGACACCUCACAGGAUAUCCAGCUCUUCGGGAUAGGAAUCCAGCCUGAACACUGUGAGAUCGACAUCGCAGGCGAUGGGGACGUCACUCUUACUCCUAAGGAAAAUGCAAGGUCCUGUGUGAAUGGCACUCUGGUGGGCAGUUCCACCCAGUUGUGGCACGGUGAUCGAAUCCUAUGGGGAAAUAACCACUUUUUUAGAAUUAAUUUACCUAAGAGAAAAAGGCGAGAUUGGCUGAAAGACUUUGAAAAAGAAACAAAUCCAGCAGAGCAUGACCUGGACGCGGCCAGUGAGGCAUCCUCAGAACCAGACUAUAACUAUGAAUUUGCACAGAUGGAAGUCAUCAUGAAGACACUGAACAGUAAUGGUGGCUUCCCGAUGAUAAGCUUGUCUGCCUGGUGGUCUUCCCCAUGGUGGUCCUAUUUGAAGAUUCUCUUUCCUCUCCUUUGGUUCCAGACGAAGCUCCUCCACAAACACUGGGACAGAGACCCAGUUCAAAAUGUGGUUCAGGUCCUGGAGAAGCAAUACCUGGAAGAAAAGAGAAGCGCCCUGGAGGAGCAGCGGCUCAUGUAUGAGCGGGAGCUGGAGCAGCUCCGCCAGCAGCUCUCCCCCGAGAGGCAGCCACCGAGCAGUGGCUCUGAGCGCCUGUCCUACAGCAGCCAGACAGCGCAGCAGAAGGUGACCCAGUGGGCCGAGGAGAGGGAUGAGCUCUUCCGGCAAAGCCUGGCGAAACUCCGGGAACAGCUAGUUAAAGCCAAUACCCUGGUGCGGGAGGCAAACUUUUUAGCUGAGGAAAUGAGCAAACUCACCGAUUACCAAGUGACUCUUCAGAUCCCUGCGGCCAACCUCAGUGCCAAUAGGAAGAGAGGCUUAAUAGUGAGCGAGCCAGCAAUUCAAGUGAGGAGGAAAGGAAAGAGCACCCAGGUCUGGACCAUUGAGAAGCUGGAGAAUAAAUUAAUUGAUAUGAGAGACCUUUAUCAAGAAUGGAAGGAAAAAAUUCCUGAGGCAAAGAGACUGUGUGGGAAGCGCGGCGACCCUUUUUAUGAAGCGCAAGAGAAUCACAACCUGAUUGGUGUGGCCAACGUGUUCUUGGAGUGCCUCUUCUGUGACGUGAAACUGCAGUACGCAGUCCCCAUCAUCAGCCAGCAGGGGGAGGUUGCAGGCCGUCUCCACGUGGAAGUGAUGCGUGUGACGGGAGCUGUCCCGGAGCGUGUGGUGGAGGAUGACUCUUCAGAAAACUCCAGUGAAAGCGGGAGCCUGGAAGUCGUGGACAGCAGCGGAGAGAUCAUUCACCGAGUCAAAAAGCUGACCUGCCGGGUAAAAAUCAAAGAGGCAACUGGGCUUCCCUUAAGCCUGUCAAACUUUGUCUUCUGUCAGUACACAUUCUGGGACCAGUGUGAGUCUACCGUGGCUGCUCCCGUGGUGGACCCGGAGGUUCCAUCACCACAGACAAAGGACGCCCAAUACACGGUCACCUUUGCUCACUGCAAGGACUAUGUGGUAAACGUCACAGAAGAGUUCCUGGAAUUCAUUUCAGAUGGAGCCCUGGCAAUUGAAGUGUGGGGCCACCGAUGUGCUGGCAAUGGUAGCUCCAUCUGGGAGGUCGAUUCUCUUCAUGCCAAGACGAGAACAUUGCAUGACAGGUGGAAUGAAGUAACUCGAAGAAUAGAAGUGUGGAUCUCCAUAUUAGAACUCAACGAGUUAGGGGAAUAUGCUGCAGUUGAACUCCAUCAGGCAAAAGAUGUGAACACAGGAGGCAUCUUUCAGCUCAGGCAGGGUCAUUCCCGUAGAGUACAAGUCACAGUGAAACCUGUACAGCAUUCGGGGACACUGCCGCUCAUGGUUGAAGCCAUCUUGUCAGUGUCCAUUGGCUGUGUGACUGCGAGGUCCACCAAACUCCAGAGAGGGCUGGACAGUUACCAGAGAGAUGAUGAGGAUGGUGAUGAUAUGGAUAGUUAUCAGGAAGAAGAUUUAAACUGCGUAAGAGAGAGGUGGUCAGAUGCACUCAUUAAACGGCGAGAAUACUUAGAUGAGCAGAUUAAAAAAGUGAGCAAUAAAAAAGAGAAAACAGAGGAUGAUGUGGAGCGGGAGGCCAGGCUUGUGGAGCAGUGGGUGGGACUGACGGAGGAAAGGAAUGCGGUGCUGGUGCCAGCCCCAGGCAGUGGGAUCCCCGGGGCUCCCGCCGACUGGGUUCCACCUCCUGGAAUGGAAACCCACAUACCAGUUCUCUUCCUUGACUUGAAUGCGGAUGACCUUAGUGCCAAUGAGCAGCUCAUCGGCUCCCACGCAUCAGGUGUGAACUCCAUCCUGCCCAAGGAGCACGGCAGCCAGUUUUUCUACCUGCCCAUCAUAAAGCACAGCGAUGAUGAGGUGUCAGCCACAGCCUCGUGGGACUCCUCAGUGCAUGAUUCUGUCCACUUGAAUAGGGUCACACCACAGAACGAAAGGAUUUACCUCAUCGUGAAGACCACUGUCCAGCUGAGCCACCCAGCUGCUAUGGAGUUAGUGUUACGGAAAAGAAUUGCAGCCAAUAUUUACAACAAACAGAGUUUCACACAGAGUUUGAAGAGGAGAAUAUCAUUGAAAAAUAUAUUUUAUUCCUGUGGUGUGACCUAUGAGAUAGUAUCCAACAUACCAAAGGCAACGGAGGAGAUCGAGGACCGGGAAACGCUGGCCCUGCUGGCUGCCCGCAGCGAGAGCGAGGGCACCGCGGACGGCGAGACAUACAUGGAGAAGUACACACGGGGCGUGCUGCAGGUGGAGAACAUCCUGAGCCUGGAGCGGCUGCGGCAGGCAAUCACGGUCAAAGAAGCCCUUUCCACCAAAGCCAGGCACAUUCGAAGGAGCCUCAGCACUCCAAACGUUCACAAUGUCUCUUCCAGUCGACCAGACCUUUCUGGCUUUGAUGAAGAUGAUAAGGGUUGGCCAGAGAACCAGUUAGACGUGUCAGACUACAGCUCCAGUUACCAAGAUGUAGCAUGUUAUGGAACUUUGCCCAGAGAUUCACCUCGAAGAAGCAAAGAAGGUUGUUCCUCGGAGGCUUCGCAUGCCUUAACGGUCAGCCCUUUUAAAGCGUUCUCUCCUCAGCCACCAAAGUUUUUCAAACCCCUCAUGCCUGUAAAAGAAGAACAUAAAAGAAAGAUAGCUGUUGAAGCAAAACCACUUCUCAGCCAAGAGAGCAUGCCUCCAUCUCAGGCACAUAACCCUGGCUGCAUUGUCCCCUCAGGAAGCAAUGGCAGCAGCAUGCCAGUAGAGCACAAUAGCAAACGUGAGAAGAAGAUUAUUCUGAAGUUAAUCUACCUAGAGGAAUUGCACUUACUUGGAGACUCAGAGGAGGAGGAAAAUGAGCUGGAAGCUAUUAACCGGAAGCUGAUGAGUUCACAGCCUUAUGUUCCUGUGGAGUUCGCUGACUUCAGUGUUUACAAUGCCAGCUUGGAGAACAGGGAAUGGUUUUCUUCCAAAGUAGAUCUGACAAACUCACGUGUCGUGGAGAAAGAAGUGUCUCGUAGCCCUACCACCAGCAGUAUUACCAGUGGCUACUUUUCCCACAGUGCCUCCAAUGCCACUCUGUCUGACAUGGUGGUCCCUACUAGUGACAGCUCAGAUCAACUAGCCACUCAGACAAAGGAUGCAGACUCCAGCGAGCCUUCCGGCCCAUCACCUGUGCAUGAUUUCAGACUGUCCUCAAACAGAGAACUGACAGAAGUAGACAGAGGCCUGGGAAAAGAUAAGAUAAUCACGGUGCCACUCCAGGAAAACAGUGCCUUAGCCAAAGGGAGCCCCGCAUCCCACAGCACCCCUGAGAACUCCAGAAUGCUCUGUAGGACACCUUCAUGUUCCGAGCUGGAUUCCUGCCCCAGCAAAAAGGGCCAGCCAGCCCGAGAAUUCUGCUCGAAGGAGGUGACCGUAGAACGCACCACCAACAUCUUUGAGGAUCAUUCCUUCACAGAGUUCAUGGGCGUUUCUGAUGGUAAAGAUUUUGAUGGCUUGACAAAUUCUUCUGCUGGAGAAUCUUCAAAUAGGAGAAACCUACCAAAUAGAACAGACAAUAAGAGUGUUUCAGGUGGGCCACCGGACACUGAUGAGCUACUUUCCAAGUUAGAGAAUGACCAGGGAGGCACACACUCGAGGUGAAGACAGCAGGCCACUGCUCCACUGGCCUCAGCGCGGCUGCUUGUUCACCUGGUCACCGCCACCGUGGGAGACGCCAGCCCCACCAGCACCUUGCCACCUGCUGCAGCCCAGCCAGACCUCAGACCAGCACAGAGAGCCAGGCGCUUUCCCCUCCCUGGCAGGGGAGGCAGCACUUUGUCACUCGGGUGAAUCCCAGCCUCUGCUUUUUCCAGAAAGCAAGGGAACUGAAAUCUCGGAUUAACUGACAGUAUUUUUGUUUGCACUUACUACACACCCACACUGUGUAGAAACCUCUACAGAUUUCAGACAAACUUUAUUCUUGUACAAUUUUAAUCAGUUCUUACUGCAGAAUCUGGAGUCAAUGCUCUAAUGUUUUUUUAUAAAUAAUAUAUAUUAUGUAUAUGAAAUGUGUAUCUAUGGCUUGUCUGUCAGGAGACAGACACAGCUGCACACUAAAAUGCAGAUAAAGGUGAUUUAUAAAAAAUCAUAAGGUACUGGACUUUGUUACAAAGCAACUUGGGUGAUCACUUCUGUAUGAGAUGAAAAAUAUUUUAUUGCCCAAGAAAGAGGUCACAAAUUCCUCUUUAUAGGAAAGGUUAUAGAAUUCUUUAUAACCAAAGAACUUCACAAAACUGAACGUGUUUGCUGUCCACUUGUUUGGUGUGCAUUUAACUGCAAGUUAGGUGCCAAUACUCCCUCAGCUACCAGGCCACACACAGCCGUUCUCUGUCCUGUUUCCUAAGCACACUUAGAAAUUUCACAGCUAAGUUCUUUGGUCUUCCACCUGGCCCAGCACCUACUGGCUUGAUGUUGUAUUGUAACUGGCGACAAUGACUGGGGCUCUGACUCCAGGCCAGCAUUUCCAGUACCGUGGUUCCGCUCAGCCAGGCAAUGGGAUACAGUAUUACUCUCAGCAGACACAGCGAAUACCGGGGGUUAGGGUUGGGUGCCGAGGAAUCUGGGGUGGGGAUUGUGGGUUUGUUGGGUUGGCAGCUUUCACUGCAGUGUGGUUCUUGCUGCUGCUGUUUUGCUUGAUUCUGAAAAAUGCUGAAGAGAUGGACUCAAGUAGAAAGUUCACCAGUUCACACUUCACCGUAUUUGCAGGUGGUGGUUGAACACAGACGACCCUGCUGUUGUGUCUUCAUUUGUAAAAGUCUACAAGCGGAGAUGUAGAAUCGUGUGUGAAAAUUUUUACAAAAGUACCUUAUGUACCUACUCUGUAGAUGCCUGUACAGUUGGUGUAGAUGUAAACUAUAAAGCUGUUGUGAGAGGAAGAGUGAGAGAAUGUGUACAGCCUGCUGUACAUUUUAAGUUUUGAGCAUUGGUCAAUGAGAUAUUGGAGAUUUUAUUGAAAAGCUGCUGUUCAUGAUUUUUGUGUAUAGUGAGUUGAUUGUAGUAUUUUACUAUGUCUGUUUAAAAACAAACUGUAAUUUAUAUCCCUUUUCAAUGUUAUUGUAUUUAAUUGGUACAGAUUUGUGUGUGUGUGUGUGUUUUAGAAUACAAACUGUCUAAUUCAGAUUUUA